UGGCGAUGGGCAGCGAGGGGGAGCGAGGCCCGGCGGCGGCCCCGAGCCCGGGGCAGGGCGACCCGCGGGCGCUGCGGAGGGACUGCCAGCACCGGAUCUUUGUCAACCGGAGCCUGGCGCUGGAGAAGAUCAAGUGCUUUGGCUUUGACAUGGACUACACCUUGGCCAUGUACAAGUCCCCCGACUACGAGGAGCUGGCUUUUGCCCUGUUACUGGAGCACCUUGUCGCCAUUGGGUACCCCCCCGAGAUCCUUGCCUACAAAUAUGACCCCACAUUCCCCACUCGGGGGCUGGUGUUCGAUGCCCUGUAUGGGAACCUGUUGAAGGUGGAUUCCCACGGGAACCUGCUAGUCUGUGCCCAUGGCUUCCGCUUCCUCAAGGGAGCCGAAAUCCUCCACUAUUACCCCAAUAAGUUCAUCCAGCGGGAUGACAUGAAGCGCUUCCACAUCCUCAACACCCUCUUCAACCUCACGGAGGCCCACCUCUAUGCCUGUCUUGUGGACUUCUUCACCAACUGCUCCAGAUACGUGAACUGCGAUACCGGCUACAAACACGGGAACCUCUUCAUGUCCUUCCGAAGCAUGUUCCAGGAUGUGCGCGAGGCCAUGGACCACGUCCACCUCUCUGGCUGCCUGAAGGAGAAGACGCUGGAGAACCUGGAGAAAUAUGUGGUGAAAGACCCCCGUGUGCCACUGCUGCUGAGCCGCAUGAAGGAGGUGGGGAAGGUCUUCCUGGCCACCAACAGUGACUAUACAUACACGGAUGCCAUCAUGUCCUACCUGUUUGACUUCAGAGAUGGGGACAAGGCGGACACCCCACAGCGCCCCUGGAGGUCUUAUUUUGACCUGAUUGUGGUGGACACCCGCAAGCCCCUCUUCUUCGCUGAGGGCACCGUCCUGCGCCAAGUCGACACGGACACAGGGAAGCUGCGCAUUGGGACGUACACCGGCCCCCUCCAGCACUGCGCCGUCUACUCUGGCGGCUCCUCAGAUGUGGUGUGUGACCUCCUGGGCGUGAAAGGCAAAGACAUCCUUUACAUGGGGGACCACAUCUUUGGGGACAUUCUGAAGUCCAAGAAGCGGCAGGGUUGGCGCACCUUCCUGGUGGUGCCUGAGCUGGCCCGUGAGCUGCAGGUCUGGACAGAGAAGAGCGAGCUGUUCGAGGAGCUGCGGAGCCUCGAUCUCUUCCUGGCUGAGCUGUACCAGCACUUGGACAGCGGCAGCAGCGAGCGCCCAGACAUUAGCUCCAUCAAGCGUCGGAUCCAGAAAGUCACACAUGAGAUGGACAUGUGCUACGGGAAGAUGGGCAGCCUCUUCCGCUGCGGCUCACGCCAGACGCUCUUCGCCAACCAGUUGAUGCGCUACGCAGACCUCUAUGCUGCCUCCUUCAUCAACUUCCUCUACUACCCCUUCAGCUACCUCUUCCGGGCACCCCCUGUCCUGCCUGCGCUAGACUCUCUCUGGGAGCCUUGUCCCCCCUGCAGAUGGCACAUGAGUCAACGGUGGAGCACACUCGGCUGGACUCGGGGGAGGUUGGCACAGCCCUGCCCCCCUGGCUGGCCCGGCAUAGCCACCCUGGCCAGCAGGUCCCCCAAGACUCCAGCGGGGAGGAGGAGGAUGAUGGAGAAGCCUGAGCCCACCCCAGCACCAAUGGCUGCUGCUCUGGCAGGUGCCAGCCCCACAGGAGGGCAUUUGGUGGCCCUGGACCACUUGCACUGCCAGACCGAAGCCACCCAUGGUCAGCCGCCACCUUUGGUGGCCACAGGAUGAUUGGUGGCCCUGACCAUGGCCCCCAUCACACCUGUCCUUAGGCUGUGGGGUCCUUCUCCCAACUGUGCCUGGAGCCAGGAGAGGGCCCCCCCCCCAAUUCUGCUGGCUGCCCUGUGCCCCCACUUUAACUAACAUCCUUCCUGCCAGCUCAACGGCAGCCUGGGGCCACCCAAUGCCAGGGUGAGCGGGCAGUGUUGCUGCUCCAGUAUCACCGGAGGCCUGCUGCACCAGUCAGGGCCCCUGCAGCUCCUGUCCCUCCAGCCUCUCCACUGUGGCCCUGGGUGGAGCAGGGGGAGGCUCUGGAGGUGGCAGCUGCUCUGUGGGAACCCCCUUCACCUGCUGUUCCCCUCUUCUGUUUGCUACCCUUUUCUAUUUAUAAAAGAUACUCAAACUCCUGGCACCACAGAGACAUAAAAUUGGCUGUUUUAAAGGAAAACUGCUUUGUCCCUGCACCUGGGAGGUGGGGGCAAAGGGCAAUUCCCAGCAGCUGGGACAAGCACAAGCCACUGGGCAGAAGGUGGCAGCCCCGGGUCACCUCUCCUCUGCAGAGAAGGGAACUAGGCCAGCGGUGCUCCCCAGAGUGGAGCCAAGCCCCAUGCCAGAUGCCAGGACACUGCUCCAAGACUUCUUCCGGCAUCCAGGACUCAGCAGAGAUGCUGAGCCAAGACCGAGGGUGGGUGUGUCGGGAGGGAAAGAGGAGGCAAAAGCGUGGGAUGGGGUCAGGACCAUUGCUUACUGGGGUUGGGCAGGUGACAGUGGGGCUCCCCCCACCCUCUACAGCAGCUGUACGGUCACUGCUUGCAGCAGGGACCCCUUACCCACCCCAGAGCCAACCCCUCGCCUGGUACCUUGUGCCACGGCCUGCUCCAGCUGCAAGGACAGCACCAGAGGGGCCCCGAGUGCACAUACAGGGCUCAUCUGCACUCACUGGCCCAUCCUGGACCCCAACCAUGCCCAGGAGUUUGGGGGCCUGGCCUGCUGCACCCCAAGGUCCUCUGCACCACUUUGGGUGCUGCUGUCAGCCUGCACAGAAGCUGCUGGAGUGUUGCAGGUCUCCCAACCCCUCAGGCAGAGCUAGUACUUCUGCCCGUGCCUCUGGACACUGGGGCUGCACGUGCCUCUCAGCAGGGACAUCCAGAUGCUGUCCAGGUAUGGCACAAGGCAGCUCCAGAGCAAAUCCUUUGGGACAUCACUUCUAAAACAC